GGGGCGGAAGCGAAGAGCCCGGAGCAGGAAGCGCCGCUGCCCCCAGCUCAGCCUCAGUUCCCCCCCCAGUGCCAUGGUGAAGAGCUGCGCGGCUAUCGGAUGUGCGUCUAGAUGUUUGCCGAAUUCCAAGCUACGAGGACUAACGUUUCACGUAUUCCCCACCGAUGAGGAGGCCAAAAGAAGGUGGGUGCUGGCCACAAAAAGGCUCGAUGUGAACUCUGCAGGCAUGUGGGAGCCUAAGAAAGCAGAUGUGUUAUGUUCGCGCCACUUUAAGAAGUCAGACUUCGACACAAGAGGUCCCAACAUCAGGCUCAAACCUGGAGUCAUCCCUUCCAUUUUUGAAUUGCCUUCUCACUUCCAGCGGAGACGAGGAAAAGUUCAUGGCCGACGAAACACCCCACUGAAAACACUGCCAGUAACAGUUCAUAACCACCAGCUGGUGGAUUCGCCUUCCAGUACAGGAGAAUUUCAUUCCCAGUUCAUCUUGGAGCACAGUUACAGCAUAAUGGACAGUCCAAAGAAACUGAAGUGUAAAUUAGAUCAGGUAAUCAGUGAGCUCAAAGAGGCCAAGGAACAUCUGAGGAACACUUUAGACAGAGAACGACAACGCAGGGAAUCACUGAGGACGGUGAUCCGGGAGCUGGAGAACAAAUGUCUAAUCAGCCCUGAAACAGCCUGUAAACUGGAUGUUUAUUGCUGGGAGUGGUGUGAGGCAGGCACACAGGAGAAGAUUAUCAACUGAAGUAACUCUAGCAGGAAUAGCUGCAAAAGCUCCUUAAGCUCAACAUUCAGAAGUGGGAUGUUUUAGGCUGGCCAUCAGCACUCAGUGAACAGGACCAGCCAGAUCUUUGGAGAAGCCGUUUCUCUAAAGAUACCAUCUGGGCAAGAUCCUUGCUCCUGGGACACAGCUCCCUUAUCUAACAAGGUGUCUUGGUCUCUGAGGGCUGUGGUAAUGGUCAGGAGUGCGAGCUACAAAAGACAAUAUAUAAAUGUAAACAAUUGUCGGAUUAGCAGGGUGAGGCACCUCUAGCUUAGAUUUCAUAAUGCAGAACUUUAGUGAGGCCCUAAGAGUACAAAUCAGGACUAAAGCAGUGCACAGUGCUUACUUUAUAUGUAUUUUGGAUUACAAAUAUUUGCCCUGUAAAAAAACAAAAUA